AUGUCAGAAAAUACUUAUAGAGAUACGCAGACUGAGGACACGUCUCAGCCAUACAAAGUGGAGAUAUCACAAACCUCACAACAAUCUCAAGAGCUAAAAAGUAUCAUACACUCGUUCAAACACAACCACGAUGUUUCAUAUUACCCGAAUAUUACUAUGAAGAUGAAGAAGAAUGCCAAGAUCAGCAAAAAUCCACAAAUAAGAAGGACAUCAAGUCCCCAAAAGAGAGCAAAUGUUGCAGUCGCAGAUACUACAAAGCUACCUGAUUUACGCCAAUCUUUGAGCACCAAUUUGGAUUUGUUGUUUAUAGGAUUCAAUCCGGGAGUUCAGUCAUCGAUCCAACAACAUCAUUAUGCCCAUCAUUCCAACCUUUUCUGGAAAUUGUUCAAUAAGUCUAAGCUAUUAGAGAAAGUCCUCGCACAGAAGGAAGAGCCUAACAAUGAUUAUGCCUUGAAUGACCUUCUUCGGAACGGAUGCUCUGCCAAGGACGAUUUUGAGUUGAUAAAAUAUGGCAUAGGGUUCACCGAUUUGGCGUUGAGAUGCACUGCCACGGCAGCUGAAUUGACGGCUGAGGAGAAACUCAACAACAUACCACGUCUUAUACAUGAAAUAAACUUUAGCGGUGCUAGAAAUGUCGUGCUUGUUGGUAAAGGCAUAUGGGAGAUGAUUGUGAAACAUUUCGCUUCUGAGUUGAAAACAAAGCUUAAGUUGACUAAAGAUAACUUUCGAUGGGGAAAGAUUGCGAUUGGAGAAGAUGCCCAAUACAACAGGGUACUCAAGCUAAUAACAUCGCCAUCUUCGUCGCUCAUCUCGAAGUUUUCGUCACUGGCCACCAUCAUUAAAGAUCCUAUCGCAAACACUUUCGUGGUUGUGGCCACCACUGAUCUCAAAGGCCAACAUACCAACCUCGACACUAUACUAUUUUCACUACUACCAUCGCCAAUACCAUCGCCAAUACCACUACAAGGGAACAAAACCGAAGUCGUUACCACCAAGUCUUAUGCACCCGGUGCUGGCUCAAAUUUAGUAUCCUUUGGUUUUCAAACUGAUGUUCCCGUUAAAACAACGUCCAGUAUUGUCAGAGCAAAUGUUGGCAGUUUAGAAACUGAAUUAUUCAGAGUUAGACAGUCAAUAGAAUUAUCUUCACAGCAAGCACAAGAAAAGCUUGACAAGUGA